GAGGUUGACAAGUCUCUGUACAAGAGGGGACUUACACUUAUAUUACACUUAUAACAAAGAAGCAGGACCCCACCUUAGGUCAAAGGGACUUUAAUCCAAACAGAAUGAGCGGGAGCAGGACUGACUGUCUCACACAGUGCAUAUCUUGCUAGAUGUAUGCACACUUGGAGCAAAUGUUCCCGGGUGAGAACCUCUGCACAAGAUGUGAGCAAAUGGUCUCCUUGGGAGCCCAGGUAACUGAUCUAAGGCAGACCAUUGCAACACUGAGGGAGAUUGCCAAUCUCGAACAUAGUUUGCAGCUCACCAUGGAGGCAUUAGGGGAGCAGGGAGAAGCAGAAAUAGAGGAGGAUGGACAGGUAGGCAGUUGGGUUACAGUUAAAAGGAGAAGAAGAAAGAGGCAGGCCAGUUCGGGGCUGACCAAUCCCAGCAGAGUCACCCGAUUGGACAAAGAUACCGGGGAUGGCAGUGCAGAAAUGGUGGAGCUUGAUGAGAUCAUUUCCCCUAGCAACGAGAGGAAUGGUCCCUCUGGCACAGAGAGGACAGUUGUAUCUGAGAUUCCCACUCCAAGAAACAGAAUACUUCACUGCUUCAGCUCUCAUCGCCUCCCGCUGUCUGGGUACAAGAUGCAGAAGAUGAAGGUUAACAGCGUCAAGAAAUAUUACCACGUCAUGUCUUCCCCCCGCAGUGAUAGCCCUUUCCGGGCCUUGCUCUGCUCUCCGGAGCCCUCUGCGGGGAGCCUGGUUUGUGCCCCACCGUUCCAGGGUAUCAUCACCCUGGCAGAGGCCCAUGGGGACCACACAGCCCUAAACAGCAUUCCAGACAGGCCCCCCCUACUCAUUCCUCAGGGGCUAAAGCAGAGAUAUCGCCCAUUCGGAGCUACUGCCCCACGAGCCGUCCCGGACAACGUGGGGCAAUCUCAAUGGUCAGGUAGUACCAAGAAGAAAGCUAAAAAACGCAAGCAGGAGGGAUCGCUACUUAUGGACCUGUAACGUGGGGCUGGGAGAGGGAUGGAAGUGGAAAUAAAGGACAGAAACUUCUUGUGCCGUUACCACACUGCAAUACCCAGAGUGUCCACUGUGUGUCGUUAUUGUGCUGGGUGUAACAGCAAGGAAACAGUCAGACAAGUGUUUGCCAAAUGCAGAUCAUGUUGUAUUGUGGUAUAGUAUAAAUAGAUUGCACUCAUUUCUACAGCAAGUAACUCGUCAGGAAUUGAUGAGGAUUAUCUGCUUUUUUCAUGUGACUUCUAGAGAGAGAAUUAUUUUGUUAUAUACAGAAAUUACUUAUAAAUGUUGGCGCUUUUUUUUUUUCUUUUACAACAUUUGAUAUAUAAAAAUUGUGUGUUGGGGCCCAGCCCCCUGAGAUGCCGCAGAGAGGAGGGCUACAUUCAAUGAGGUCUUAGCCAAUGAUGUCACUCAUCGCCAUCAUAUGUUGCCUUCUUCACCUUCUGAGGAUACAGCCUCUGGUGACAUCACAGAAUUCCCUGAUGAUAUCACUUCCUCUGUUUCUGUGUCUCCAUCCUCUGAUGAUGUUAUGCCGUUUUCUUCCAGUACCAUAU